UAUUCCCCCUGUCUAUGCCUUCUUCCUUGGUUUAAUGCAACUGUCAAAUAUAAUACAUUGCUCGUAAAAUCGAAAUCAUACAUUAUUUUGUAACAAAUUAAAGGCAAUAAUAUUCAUAUUUUGUAAUGGUGAUUUUGCAUUUAGCCUCAAUAGUUCCUACCAAUAUCAAACAUACACUUCUAAGGUCGCCCCAUAAUGAAGUCAGAACUCGUAAAAAGUUUCUAUUAUCAGUUUGUUCAAGUAUGGCCAUGCCAAAUUUUCAGCAUGCAGAUCAACUUCUUUCAGUUUCACCUCAGGAAAAUCAGAGUGUUGCAGCAAUAUUAUUUGGAAAUGGUUCAGACUGCAAGUUAUGCCCAUUGAUGAGAAGACGGUCAGCAGGCGCUAUUCCACUUGGAGCAAAAUACAGACUGAUAGAUGCUGUUGUAAGCAACUGCAUUAACAGCAACAUAACCAAGUUGUAUGCUCUAACACAAUUUAAUUCCACUUCUCUCAAUUCCCACCUUACAAGAACUUAUUCGAAUGUGGGUCUUGGGAAAGAGGAGUUUCUUCAAGUUAUUGCUGCAUGUCAAAGCCCAGAAAAUCAGAGCUGGUUUCAGGGAAAUGCUGAUGCUGUUAGGAGAUUUUUGUGGAUGCUAGAAGAGUGCCCUGCCACAGAGUUUCUUAUCCUCCCUGGCUAUCAUCUUUAUAGAAUGGAUUACCAGGACAUUCUUCAGCUCCACCACGAAACAAGAGCUGAUAUAACUAUUUCAGCUCUAAGAUUAGAGGAAAGGCAUGACAAAGGCUUUGGUAUUUUGAAAGUAGAUUCAGAUAAUAAAGUACUUGAAAUAUUUGAAAAAGAGACUGCGUUUCCUUUGGUAGGAAAUGUCAGAAAUUCCGAAGAUAACAACCAUACUACUUAUGCAAGCAUGGGCAUCUACGUCAUUAGCAAAGAUGUGAUGGUAAAUAUUCUCAAAGAAGACCUUUCAUGGGCAAAUGACUUCAAGAGUGAAGUGAUUCCUGGUGCUGUAUCAUUAGGAAUGAAGGUUCAAGCAUAUCUAUUUGACGGAUAUUGGGAAAACAUGCAAAGUAUAAAGGGAUUCUAUGACGCCAACAUGGAAAGCACAAAGACAACAGACAUAAGAUUCGACUUCUGUGAUAGCGACUUUCCUCUCUAUACUUUGCCUCGGCGUCUGCCUCCAACAAGAGUAACCGAUGCAGUAAUUAUUGACAGUGCCAUAGGAGAUGGCUGUCUCCUCCAUAGGUGCAGAAUCAAAGGCUCAGUGAUAGGUCUUGGAACAAAAAUUGAUGAUGCAGCUGCGAUAGAAGAUUCAAUUUUAAUGGGAUCUGAUAUCUACCAAGAAAAUUUUCUGCAGAACAUGGAAACAAAGACAUCAUCGAAAAUUCCGAUUGGAAUUGGGCAAGGAUCAUUCAUAAGGAAAGCUAUAAUAGACAAGAAUGCAAGAAUUGGCAAAAGAGUCAAGAUUAUAAACAAUGAUAAUAUUCAGGAGGGAAGCAGAGAAGAUGAAGGGAUAGUUAUUCGUGAAGGGAUAGUGAUCAUAACUAGGAACGCAAUAGUCCCUGAUGACACCAUCUUAUAGUGAUGCAGAAGCUAUUUAUAAGAACUUCAACACCAUUCUUUCAACAGAACAAGGAAAAACAGACACAUCAAUGCAUUUGUAACACAGUAAGGCCAAGAACUAUGUCUUUUGGUAUCACUCUGUAGCACCAUGAAAAUUUUAAUAGUGCUAUGAAAGUGAGAUAGUAUACCAACAAUUAUACUACAGAGUACAAAUAAAUAACAUUUUUUUGUU